AUGCCCUCCUUGCGCGUCAGCGACGAUGACCGACGUCGAAUUGAAGAUGCCCUUCAGGAUGUGAGUACAGGACCUGCCAGCCCGGAUGCCACUGCUCAAACUAAUACCACCAAGUCAGAUGACGAGGUCGGGUCGCCCGUCUCCAUAUCCUCUUCUUCGCGAGCAUCCGCCCCUCAGCCAUUCUCUCAGCACUCGCGCAUGCACCCCUUUGCCCCAUCCUCUAGCUAUGUGCCGCUCGGAGCAGAAACCUCGCCUACGUCGGAUCAGUCGCCUCUUCCCCGCAUGGACGGUAUUGUCCCGGAAGACUCUGGUGACGAAGACGGUGGCGAACUGCCCAGUGUAGUCGAAGCAGGCUUCUUGGGCCAGAUCUCCGAAGUACAGUGGCUACAGACGCUCAGGAGCAGAGUACAAGCGCUCGAUACCGUUCUGCUUGGCCCACCUGACACCACUGCGCCACUCUCUCAGCCACCCUCGCCUACUUUCACUGCCUCACCCACCUCCCUUGCCGCAACCCCGCUCGAACAGAUCGCGCUCACCAACUACUAUCUCGACGAAGAAGGUAUAAAACUCACAGACUGUGGGAAUCCCUUUGAGCUGCCACCCGAGCAUACUGCAGCACUGCUAUUCCAGUGCUUCACCCAGACCAUCCAAAGCUCCUUUCCCAUCCUCCCCCCAACUAUUGAGCACCAGCUGCUCCAAUACUAUACCUUGGUUCGGAACGGGCAGGCUAUACAUUGCCCGGAGAAAUGGUUUGCGCUAGUCAACCUCGUCUUUGCCAUAGGCGCCAAGUUUUCACAUCUCGUCCAGGCCGACUGGAGAGCUGAUGAACUGGAUCACAUCGUCUACUUGUGCCGUGCCUUUCAAUUGCUUAGUAUGAAUGACACAAUCGUUGUCCUAACGACUCCGGAUCUGCUCACAACGCAGGCAAGUCUGAGCCGCGGAUUCUGUUUGACUAUGCUAAACAUUUUAGGCUGCUGGACUCUUUGCGAUUUACUACAUGACUGCUGGCCAUUUGAAUCGGUAAGUAUGCGCAAUAUCUUUGCUCGUGACUACCUAGUCUAUCCUUUCUUCGUCCCUUGCUUCCAAUCGAUGUGCUUGCAUGCUGAUACUGUAUCAGGGCUUGGGUAA